AUGGGUGGGGUUCCCCUAUGCUCAAUACUGGGAGUACUUCUGUUUAAUAUCUUUAUCAGUGAUCUAGAUGAGGGGAUUGAGUGCACCCUCAGUCACUUUGCAGACGACACCAAGUUGAGUGUGAAUGCUGACCUGCUGCAGGGCAGGAAGGCUCUGCCGAAGAAUCUGGACAGGAUGGAUCAACAGGCCAAGGCCAAUGGUUGGCUGGACUUGCUGGAAGGAACUCAGCAGGAGCCAGGAACUGCUGCUUCCCAGGAGACAAGAUCCCACCGCCAUACCGUCAAUAGCUCAUCUGUACGUGAGCCGCGCCCCCUCUGCGGCCACGUCACGGGCCCCGUGGGCCAAUGGCGGCGUGGCUGGAGGAGGAGGGAGGGGCGCGCGGGGGCUGGGGCGGGGCGGGAGCGUGACCAGGCGCGGGGCCGCGCGUGCGGGACGGCGGCACGAUGGCGGGAGGCGGCGGUGCCGGUGCCGGUAUUUAGAGACAGCGGCCGCGGGGCGCGGGCGGUGCCGGCGCUGGAAAUUCUGUGCAGCAUGUUUUCUAGGUGGAGCUGGGUGGCCUGUGGCUUCUAUCUGGUGUUGAAUAUUUGUUCUCCUGACGCUUCAGGUGGACUUGUGCAGUCAUGUGGUCACAUCAUCCCGGAGUCGCCUGUACUGGCCCUUGGUUCCAAUUUCACAGCAUUAUGCAUUCUGAAUGAGAGUUGUCUUGACUUUGGCAAUAUCUAUGCCAAUCAGAUUAUCUGGAAGAUAAAAAAUAGAGUGGUACCUAAAGAACAGUAUCGGGAAAUAAACAGAACAGUUUCCAGUGUCACAUUCAAUGACACUUCUUCACUAGCUACUCCUCUGACAUGCAACAUUUUAGCAGAUGGACAGAUUGAACAGAACAUUUAUGGAAUUACAGUUACAGUAGGCUUGGCCCCAGAGAAGCCCAAGAAUUUAAGUUGCAUUGUGCAUCAGAUAUCAAGGUUCACAUAUGUUAUGACUUGUACCUGGAACCCUGGAAGGCAUACAUUCCUGGAUACUGAGUUCAGGUUGAGAUACAGCUGGCCAGAAGAGGUCUUUCCUGACUGUAUACCGAAAGGUGUAAACAAUUCUUGCACCAUUACUGAUAUUCAGUUCUUUGUUAACACGGAGAUCUGGGUAGAAGCAGCAAAUGCACUUGGGAAGGCUGAAUCUGAUCCUCUUGUUGUUGAUCCCAUUGACAUUGUUAAACCACUGUCUCCACAGAAUGUAUCAGUCAGCUCAGGAAUACUACCUACUGUUCUGAAGCUUUCCUGGGAGAAUUGGAUUUCAGAUGCUGUGAUGACACUGAAAUUCAAUAUUCGCUAUAGGAUCACUGGCGACACAAGCUGGAUGGAGGUUCCUUCUGAAGAUACAGCUUCCCCAAGAACUUCAUUCAGUGUUCAAGGGCUUAGACCUUACACAGAGUAUGCCUUUUCCAUUCGUUGCAUGAAGGAAGAUGGAGUGGGCUACUGGAGUGACUGGAGUGAAGAAAAGACCGGGAUUACCACUGAAGAUCAACCAUCUAAAGGACCACCCAUAUGGAGGAUCAUUGAUGCAUCUCACUCACCAGCUUCCUGGACUGUGCAUCUAAUGUGGAAGGCACUGAAGCCAUUUGAAGCCAAUGGAGUAAUCUUGCAGUAUGAAGUGACUGUCAGAGAUAAAUCAUCUCUUUCCAGUCCACUGAAGAAAUACAAUGUUACCAGCACCAACCAUACAUUACAGCUGCCAAAAGGAACUUACGAAGUGACUCUGAUUGCUCGUAACAGUGUUGGGGCAUCUCCUCCAUCAGUUCUGCUUAUCCCAGAAAGUAAUUCAAAAGCUCCUGUGAAGAAUCUUAGAACGUUACCUAAACAUGACAAGUUGUGGGUAGGGUGGACUGCUCCUAACAGUUACGUUCUUAAAUAUGUGAUCGAAUGGUGUCUGGUGUCCAGCAGCUCAGACUGCAUCAUAGAGUGGCAGAUUGCACUAGGAGAUGUUCAAGGAAUAGACUUAAAAGGUAUAAAGCCUUUCAAGUGUUACUUGAUAACCGUGUACCCUCUGUAUGCUGAUGGUCAGGGAAGUGGAGAGUCUGUGAAGGCUUAUCUUAAGCAAGAUCGUCCUUCAAAAGGACCUACUGUUCAGACAAAAAAAGUAGGAAAAGCUGAAGCUGUUUUGACAUGGAACCAUCUCACAGUUGAGGAACAAAAUGGAUUUAUCCGAAACUACACAAUACUUUACAAAACUAUUGAUGGGAAUGAAACAGUUGUGACAGUGGAUCCUUCCAAGACAGAGUAUACCCUUUCCUCUCUAACCAGUGACACGCUGUAUACUGUGCGGAUGAUGGCAUCCACAGAUAAUGGAAGCAGGACUGGUCCCGAUUUCACGUUUACUACACAAAAAUUUGGAAAAGGAGAAAUUGAAGCCAUAGUUGUACCUGUGUGUCUAGCAUUCCUGUUGAUUGUGCUCCUUGGAGUUCUGUUUUGCUUCAACAAACGUGACUUAAUUAAAAAACAUAUCUGGCCUAUCGUACCUGAUCCGUCCAAGAGUAACAUUGCUCAGUGGUCUCCCCAAGUUCCAGCUAAGCAUAACUUUAACUCCAAAAAUCAGAUGUACCCAGAAGGCAGCUUUACAGAUGUAAGCGUCGUAGAAAUAGAAGCUGACGACAAGAAGUCUUUUUCAGAACAAGAUCUAAAACCCUUUGACUUGCUUAAAAAAGAAAAGAGUACUUCAGAAGGGCACAGCAGUGGUAUUGGAGGAUCCUCGUGCAUGUCUUCUCCUAGGCAAAGCGUCUCUGACAGUGAUGAAGGCGAAACAGCACAGAACACUUCGAGCACUGUGCAGUAUUCAACUGUAGUACUUAAUGGCUACAGAGACCAGACACCUGUGCAAGUCUUUUCAAGGUCUGAGUCAACCCAGCCACUGCUAGAUUCAGAAGAGAGAUCAGAGGAUCACGCUGGAGGAGCUGACAGUGCAGCUCAGAGGCAGCAGUAUUUCAGACAGAAUGGUGGUCAGGAUGAAAACAACAUAGACAGGCCAUGCUUUGAAAGAGCAAAGCAAAUUACUCAUGCUAGUGAGGGAGAUCUUGUUGGAUUUGUUCAACUGCAGGUCUCAGGUCAGAGUUCACAGCCAUUGGGCCUUGGGAUGGCAAAAAAUACCCAGGAAGCUGCUCUAUCAAAUAUUUUACAGGCAUGUACUGAAGGACAAACUGUGAGACCUGAAACAGUGGAAGAAAAUCCACUGUCAGGUGAUGACAUGCCAAAAAGUUACCUCCCACAGACUGUGAGACAAGGGGGCUAUAUGCCUCAGUGAGAAAAGACUGGCUCUGUUUAGGCCUUCAUUAGUGCCUGUUCACAUGUUCCCCUGUGUUUCUGAUAAAGUAAGCUAGGUAUUUUUAUCUGACUGCAGAUAGAAAUACUGAAAUUAAGUGAAGACUAAUUUGACAAAAUACAAAAAGGACUGGUUUUGUGGAAAAUUUCCAGUCCAGACCUACAGGAGAUUUACUUUUAUGCACUACAUAAAAUCUUACAUCUGGAUAGCUGAACGAGCCUUUGUGCUACAUUGAGGGUUUUGUGUCUUUUCAUAACAGAAUUUCACUGACUGAAAAGGGCAAGUUUUAAAUACCUGCAUCAGCCUAGAAGAAAUACUUCGACAGGUGACAGUGUACAAGCCUAAAAAGCCAGCUCUAGUUGCACAGUGUAGCUUUGUGCAAAAGAAAGACUGAAGCUCAGUAUUCUGACAUGGAAGAAUAUUUGUGUGAUACACUUUCCAGUAACUUGAUUGACUUACUGAAUUUUGACAUGGCCCAGUGCCUCAGUUUUCAGCUUACCAGACCUGCAAGUCAUGUUCAUCCCUGUUUAAAAACUAUAAAAAUUAAAUAGAACUUGCUAUGGUGUACAAAUAGGAAAACACAAAGAUUGCUUGAAUCUGAAUCUGCUACUAUAGUAAUUGAUACUUUACCUUUAUUUAGAUAUGUGUACACAUGAACUAUAGAGUAAUUUGGCCUAAAAUAUGUGCCUUGCAACUUGACGCACAGCAAUUCAGUCUCAUAUUCAAAAGUUUGGAAAUCAGAUGACAGCACAGGUCAGAAGUUAUUUAAAGGCUUUGUGCUCCAAUCACUGUCUGAUUAUAUGAAACUUCUGUGGUCAUAUUAUGCCUUUGUUUAAUAAGUGCACCUUUGCUGUGUACAGCUCAAGUAACAAGCUGUAAGCUUUUACCAUUUUUCUAAGUACUCAGGAGAAAGGGAAUACGACCUUCCUCUUGACAGGCUGCAGCUAUUAGUGUGCUCUAACCUCACUGCUAAUACUGCAGGACAUCCUUGAACCUGAAAGCAGCCAAAGCAUUGAAGUCAUUGACACUCUUGGAACUAAAACCAAAACCUGUAUGCUGAAUUUGAACUUUGCUGGUAGUAUGUAUCUGUUAGCAAUCAUGAGCCACAAAAAACACUUAAAUGGUUGUUAAAAUUCCAUAUUUUUUUUUCUUAAUGCCUCACUUUUUCCUGGUCAUACAGUUCACAUUUUUUUGAGGAAGCUACAUUUCUUGGAAACUUCCUCUGCCAGUGCUUAAACAAAAAUUAAAUGGCAUUACAAUAACACUUUCUCCAAUGAUAACCAGAAAUGUUAGGGCACUCGUAAAGAUUUUUUUUUUUAAAUUAAUUUUAAAUCUAAUACAGGCUAGUCAGCUUUCUAAUCUGACACUACUAAAACUUCAUUUCAAAACACUAAAUGCUGUUUUGUGAGACUAAAACAAGUGUUUUAUUUCUCCUUCAGCAAAGUAACUAUGUAUUGAAAACCACCUGAAACCUUUUGUGCUGUGACCUCUGGUACUGCUGUUCUGCAGAGCACUUGCUAAAAGCCCUUGAAUGGCAGGUGUCAGUAUCAUUUCAUCUUCCCUUGUCCUUGUCUGCAAGCUUGCAUGGAAGGAUGGGUAUACAUGUAAAUGUCCACGUGUCUUCUGCUUUUGUUACAAAGAAAUUAAGUGCAAGAGUAACUUCGUAAUAUUACCUCUUGAAGUCUGGAAUAUUUAAACAGAUAAAGAAUGCAGAAUCUUUAAUAACAUUUCAGUAUUCCACAGUUCCUUUCUCCUGACAGUAUUUUUCUGUAUCUAAGCACUUUUUUAAAAAAAGGCCAUGUUGCAGUUUACUAUAAUUACAUCUCUCUUCAGAUCAGUCCUCUUCCUUUUCACCCCACUGCACCUCAGCACCUUCAAACUCCCUCCCAGAGGUCAAAGGCAUAAUGAAAACUAUGCUGACAUGAGACAGCAGAGACCAUCUUUCAUUUUUCAGAGGUUAAGGGAGCAUUCCUUUUUCAGAAUGUAUUCCUCUUGGAAAAAAUAGCAGUUACUUAGUGGGGGAUGGGUUAUCUUUUCUAUGCAAACUUCAUAGUGACUGUAGAAACCACAAGUAGAAGGGAAAGUGUCUGUUGAGCAGUGUGCAUGCUUAUUAGAACUGCCCAGCAGCCACGUGCUUUUAAUCCAUCUUCUCAUCUCUGAAAUAUUGUAGGCCACAACCUGGCUACAUAGUCUAAACAUUGCUGCAAAGGUCUGGAUGUUUUCAAGAGCAUGCUGAUGAUUUUUUUUUUAAUUAUGUUCUUGUGAUUCAGUAAUACUAACUUUUGAUAGCAUAUGUUACUUGAGGGAGAAUGUCAAUUAUUCCUUAAGUUGCUACUUGCUUUUCUGUAAAGGGGAGGCGUUUUCUUCUCAGUUGCUGUUAAUCAUGGACCAUUCAGGACUUAACUAAUGUUAAACAGCUUAAAGAGAUUCUGAUUUUUAAAGUGUGUGCUAGCAAGAGUUCUGGUCUGUCACUUCUGGCAUCUUUCAUUGUUGUUUAUGGGCCAGUGGUAGUAAACUCACAGAAUUGUGCAGGAGUGGAGCCUAGAGAGAGUUCUGGCUGGCUAGCAGUGACAUGCUCUCUUUUGAGAUAGUGCAUUUAUCUAGGGCUGAAAUACUAAAGACUAAGCAGGAGCUCCUCGUGGGUGAACAGCUUGUAGAAGCCACUGUACAUACAAAUAACAGGUUUGCAGCUAGUUCAUAAACCUAUGUGCCAAAUAUAUCAUGCAGUGUUCAGGGUUUAACAAGAUUUUUUCUACUUUGGACUGUAAGAAUCUAAUUGUGUCAAACAGUUGCAUACAGGUUUUUAAGGGUAUCUGUAGUGUGAUUACAUCAAUCCACUGAAAUUUUCUGAGCUUGGCCCUAACACAGUAACUAAAGAAAAAGUUUUCUCCCUCCCCCAUUCCCCCCCCCCCCUUCACCAAUAGCUAUUGGUGCAUGUAACAAAAUAAAGGCAUUAUUAAAGUCACAUUUCAGUAUAGACACUUUCAUGUCCAGCUUGAUUUCCUGGACUGGAAUUUUUCAGGUACAGGUGGAAGAAUAGUUGUAAGAACUGUUAAUUUGGUGGUAGGGAAGGGAGGCUAGGAGAAAUAUAUUAGCAUAUUUGAAAAACCUCUUAAAUGCAAGCUGGCUAAUGCUCCUCUGUUUACAAGAGAAGUGAAUAUAUUACCUUUGUAGUUCUAUUGUGGUGGUUCUGUUAGACCAGGAGAUGAUUGGUAUUGUUUUCUGGAGUGUAUUGGCUCACUUCAAGGGCAGAUAGUCUAGGAAUAUCCUCUCCCGCUGUAGCAAAAUUGUUGGGAUUGUUUCAUACAUACUACUGUAGAAAACUAAGCUGCCUGUUAAGCCUUAAUGUGGCAGCACAAGCACAGCAGAGCAAAAAUUUUUUUGAACUUUGUUCUGGAGAGUUUAUGACAAGUAUUUGCUUGUCUGUGGUACAGGAGCCUGGCAAAAACUGGAAAAAACCUUGGCCCGGGGGGAUGAGGGAGUUUGCAUGCAAGGGCUGAAUCCCAUUCUUGGGUUCUGGAGAAGCCCUGUCACCUGGGUGGGGCUUGGAGCUUUCACCUUUGUGAGCUUUGUCAGGUGGUUAAAACUUACGUCAGUAUGCCCAGUAUGUGGGGAUCACCGUGCUGGUUUCAAUUCAGUAAUUGAGCUUGUUUAAUUAGAGCCAGGUCUCAAAUACCCAAGAUCCAUAUCAGUAUAUGCUGCUAUGGAAUUGACUUCUCAGUGGGAUCUGAAACUCCAAAGACUGUCAGGUUGUUAAUAGUCUGCCCCACUCCAGGACAUACACAUUUUACAUCGUAAUUUGUGUGCAUUAAGUGGGACUAAAUACACUAGUUUAUUUUCCCCAUUAGACAGUGAGUGUAGUUGAGAAUAACUGUUAUUUGAAUGCAUUCCUUUAACUGUGUUAAAAAGUUCUCUUGACUGAUCAACUGUAAGAGUUCAUUAAUCCCUGUAACCUCUUGUCUGUCUGCAAGGAUGGAUUCACACAGCCAUUUUAAGUUCCAGGAGUUGCUUGUAAUGUUAUACAGGAGAAGUCCAUAUAAAAAUGUUGAGUCUUUUCUCAUGAAACACCUGUUAGGGAAUUGCAGCCAACCCAAGUCUUCAGCUUUGCUUUUGAUCCAGAAAACUGCAGUAAAGUGGAGGUAUAAAUACAACAGUCUGGAGGAGGUUGAAAUUAAGUAUUUUGCAUUGGACUCAUGAAUUCCCAUUUCUCUUCCUUUAAAGUGAAAGCAUUAGUAAAACAAACAAACAAAAGCUAAAAUUCAUGUGUAUUUGAUUUGCUUUCACUGUUGCUUCGUUUGUAGGACUUGUGCAAUCUGAGCCAUUCUUGAAAAUAAAAGCAGUGCUGACUUAAUGCACAAGGAUGCGUUUCUAAGGCCACAAGAUUUGAUAAAACAAACCUAAAAAUAAUAAUGAAGGGCCAGAUUUCAACAAUUGUCUGCUUCCCUGCCUCUUAACUGUAGUGCAGAGAGAGGGUGGGCAGCAAGCACCUCCCAGCAUGCAGCCUUAGCCAGUACUUGUAUUUAUUUGCAAAAACAACCUGAAGGGGAUAUAUGCAAUAAUGUCAUUGCUACUCUGCAGAAGCACACUUCUGUAACAAUAGAUGAGAAACACUUAUGGCACAACCGUUGACUGAUGGCUGGAAAGCUCCUCAUCCACAUCCUCCUGCUCAGACUAAAGUGUCAGCUGUUCUCCAGGCAUCACGGGCGUGGCCGAUGUGCAUUCUCUGCAGAGUGGGAACUGAUACCACCCAUCAUUUUUCAUCAUCAAAGCACAUUUGGUAAUGGAUCCAGUCAACUUGUCGUGUUUUUUUUAACACACCAGUUUUGUUUACAGUGUCACUUAUAGCCUGACACUUUGAUACAGCCAGGGAUUGUCUAGUAACCAACUGCUUUUAUUUGGGGAUAAGAAGUUACUGGUCACCCAGUUUGCUGUGCCAAUAUAUGCAUCCAGGUAAGCGGAGGUGUGCGACACAGGAACAGAUGUACCAACAAGGAAAGUGCCUUGAUGCUGGAUUGGAUGGCUAGUGAAUGUAAACAUUAAGUUAAAUUUUGCUGUGUACUUAAGUAAGUAUGGCUGAUUAAGCUAGUGGUAAUUUGAAUGCCAGCUUUAAAGGGCUUGCGUACUCCAGCCAGAGGUUAAACUUGUAAAUUGCUGCAUAAGCUGUCUCUGUAUGGAAAUGUGUUUUAAUAUCUGUUCACUGUCUUUAUUCUUUUGCAAGCUGCAUGUGUACUGUCAUAUAAAAUCUGCUUUCUACAAUUUAUUUUAUGGUCAGUUUUGAAUGUCUUCCUCUUUGUUACCUGACUGAGCCUGAAUGUUGCAUUUCUGUAGUACAUAAUACGCAGAAAGAAAACAAAACAAAAGUCCAUACUUA